GAAGCUCAUCAAGUAUUGACCUUUACACUCGUGUGAUCAUUUUCUGGAGGCACAUGGCCGUAAGCUAUUAGCAAAGUGCUCCCUAUACUUUAAAGAUGUCUACUAGCACUGCAGAGCCAGCGCUGAUUGCUCCCAGCAAUGUUCCUAAAAAGAGCAAGAAAAAAGGAAAGGGAAAGAAAAUGACCUUGGAUGUUUUCCUUGGCGACCCCUCGACUGGUACUGCUUACAAUAAGGACCCUCCUAAAACCAGCACAGCAGGAACCACUAAUUCCUGGGCCGAUGCUACUGAUGAUCUUGACCCUUCAGAGAUCACUACCCACUGGCCGGAGGAAAAGAAGAUGUUUGAUCGCAGCGUCCUGCCGAGUGGUCCCAAGGCCUCCAGUGCACUCAACAUAGACAAGAGUCGGCUGCCCUCAAGCCCUCCCUACACUGUGUAUCUAGGCAACCUCUCCUUUGAGUGCACAGAGGAUGAUAUUGUGAGGUUCUUUGAGAGAAAGAAUCUUGUGGCUACCUCUGUACGACUACCUAUGGAGACCGGGACCAAUCGAAUGAGAGGAUUCGGAUACGCUGAAUUCGACACCAUCAACGAUCUCAUGGAAGCACUGUCACUGGACAAAGAGACGAUGAGGAGCAGGCCAGUGUCAGUGGAUAUAGCCGGUGGUAAGGGAGGGAGCGGUGGAGACUACCAGGGAAGACGUGGGGACUUCGGUGGUGAGGAUCGUACCACGGGGGACUGGAGACGGGACGGGGGCGGAGAUGAUAAUGAUGGCAGGGGCUCCCCCCAAGGACGGGAUAACCGUGACUCGUACGGUGGAGGCUCUGAUAGAAGAUAUGGUAGCCGUGAUUACGGUAGCCGCGGUGGUGGUGGUGGCUAUGGAAGAGACUAUAACAGAGACAACUACGGUGGUGGUGGUGGUGGUGGUGGUGGUGGGAGAGAUGAUUACAGUAGCCGGGGGAGAGAUGACUAUGGAGGAGGAAGAAGAGAGUACGGCGGUGGCGGUGGUGGAAGGGACGAUUAUGGUGGUGGACGGAGAGAUUACGGAGGUCGUGGAAGCUACGAUCAAGGGCCCCCAAGACGAGGGUUCGGUCAAAGUUGGGGAGGGGGAGAUGAUGAAAGAAAAGAUUCGUACAGACGUGAUGAUCGCUAUGGUGGUGACAGACGUGAUGAUCGCUAUGGUGGUGACAGGCGUGAUGAUCGCUAUGGUGGUGACAGGCGUGAUGAUCGCUAUGGCGGUGGUGACAGGCGUGAUGAUCGCUAUGGUGGUGACAGGCGUGAUGAUCGCUAUGGAGACAGACGAGAGUCUGGUGGGCGUAACAGUCCUGAUGGUGGGCGGAAGGAAGAGCCAGUGGAACGCCCACGCUUUAAGCUACAACCACGCUCCAAACCUGCCGAGGAGAACACCACCAGUGAAGAGAAAUCAACUAAUAGCGAGGAAGGUACCACCAAGGAGGAGAAGCCUAGUAGCGCCUCAAUAUUCGGAGGUGCCAAGCCAGUGGACACUGCAGCUAAGGAGAGAGAGAUUGAGCAGAGGGCAGCAAAGGAAAGGGAAAUGCAAGAAAAGAAAGAGAAGGAACGACAAGAGAAAGCAGCCUCUGUGUUUGGAGGAGCCAAGCCAGUCGAUACAGCCGCUCGUGAAAAAGAGAUUGAAGAGAAACUUGCCAAAGAGAAAGAAGUUCUGGAAAGGAAAGUCCUUGAAAGAAAAUUGUCCGAGGACAAGUCACCUGAAAGAUAUAGUAACCGUAGAGACAGAUCAGGUGAUCGUGAUCGGCAAACGCCCGAGCAGCACAAAGAUGGGUCACGUGACAUACGAGAGGGAUCAUAUGACAAGAAUGAGCGAUCACAUGACCGAAGAGAUGAUAAUAGGAGUUCUCGUGGUGGUCGCAGGCGAUACAGUAGUGAGGAGGAAGGAAGGCGUGGCACAGGAAGAAGGCGUGGCUAUCACGAUGAUGAAGGUUCCACUCGUGACAAAGAGGGCGGUGAUCGUAGGGGGAGUGGCAAUCGUAAGGAGGACGAUCGUUCCUCACAGGAGAGAGGGGAGGGGGACAAGCGACGGAGGGGCGGGGCCAGGGGAGACCGCAGAGACGAUCGUAGUAGAGACGAUAGAAGAGAUGAUCGUAGCAGGGACGAUCGCCGUGACGAUAAAAGAGAUGAUCGUAGCAGGGACGAUCGCCGUGACGAUAGAAGAGGGUAUGGAGAGCGCAGAGAUUACCAAGGCGACAGAGGUGGGCGUGGCCGAGGGCGUGGUGGAGGGAGAUCAAGAGAUGAUAGAAGAGAUGAUGAUCGUGGUGGGCGAGAGAGACCGGGCAAGGCAUCCACUAGUGCAUGGUCCAAGGGGAAACCCCCAUCAUUAGGAGGCGAUCAGAAGAAAGUCAUUGAGAGUACAGAACCCGUGGUGUUCAGUCAGCCUAGUCGCUAUGCAACUCUCAAGGAUGAAGAGGUGGGUGGGGACAGUGGAUCUGGUGGUGAGAGGCCAUCAUCUCCUCUUCCAGCUCAAGAGCCCUGACUGUAACCUGUUAGCUGCUGUGCAUACUGUCAUCUAGUGUAUUAUUAAUAAUAUUAUGUGUGUUGUGUUGUGUCCUGUGUUUCUGUGAAAAUGUGCAAAAGAAUUAAUAGCAUUAUUGCGUCCGCACUGUCGAAA